AUGGGAGCUCAGACUAAGGCCGCAAAAGCUUCCCCUAGUCCCAGCCCAAGCCCCAACAAGCAAUCCACAACUCUCAAAUACCUCUUCACACUAGACUCUCCCUCUAACAAAUGCACCACCCUCAUAAACAACCCAACUCUCCAUCACCAUCUCUCCAGAAAACCAGACCUCGACCCCAUAACUGCCGAGCUCAUCACAAAGAUCAGCUUUUGCAACUUUGCCUUCACAUUCACUGACCCAUUUGAGUCCCCAACCCAACAAGACCUCAAGCGCCAAAAGCUCUGUGAGAUUUUAGACUACCUUAGAGCGACCUCCAAAGACAAGCACCCUUAUCCUGACUCAGUUCUCUCUGCAUUUUUCUCCAUGUUUUCUUCAAAUAUUUUCCGAUCAUUACCGCCUCCACCACCCACUGCAAGAGAGGCACCGGACCCUGACCAAGAGCCCGAGCUCAUGCCCAUUGAACCCAUGUGGACCCACCUCCAACUUGUGUAUGAUAUCCUCCUUAAGCUUGUUGUGUCACCACAAAUUGAGCCCAAGGCAGUGAGGCACCACAUGAAUGAGGCCUUUGUCCUAAAGCUCCUCAACUUGUUUAAGGCUGAGGAUCCCCGAGAGAGGGAGAGCUUGAAGAACGUGUUCCACAGGAUUUACUCGAGGUUCACGUUCUAUCGAUCAUUCAUGAGGAAAAGUAUGAGUGAUGUGUUCUUGCACACUGUGUUCGAGGGGGAGAGGCACCCUGGUAUAGGAGACUUGCUAGAGAUAUGGGGGAGCAUCAUCAAUGGCUUUAGUUUACCACUAAAGGAUGAACACAGGCUCUUCUUAAUGAGGGUUCUUGUGCCCUUGCAUAAGCCAAAGGGCUUGCCUAUCUAUCACAGGCAACUUGCUUAUUGUGUGAGCCAGUUUGUCAUUAAGGAGCCUGGGCUUGGGGGUAGUUUGAUUAAGGGGAUCCUCAAGUAUUGGCCCCUCACCAAUUGUCAAAAGGAAGUCCUCCUUAUUGGGGAGAUAGAAGAGUUGGUUGAGCACACAGACCCUGGCGAGCUCCGAAAGCUGGGGUCCUCUCUGUGUUCACAGGUUGCAAAAUGCAUGAAUAGUUGGAAUUCUCAGGUAGCAGAAAGGGCAUUGUGUGUGUGGAACAAUGAGGCAUUUGUGAAUGUGGUCUCUACGACAAUGGAAUGUGCAUGGCCAACUAUGGUAGAUGCCCUUGAGAAGAACUUGAAGUGGCAUUGGAGCAAAACGGUCCGGCAACUAACAAUGAGCGUGAAAAUGAUGCUAGAGGAGAUGGAACCCGUGCUGUACAUGGAAUGCUUGGAAGGAUCAGGCAAGAGGGCAGCUAUGGCAAAUGAGGAGGAUAUGAGGAGGAAAGAGAAGUGGGAGAGGCUUGAAAUUGCAGCAGCCAAUUCCCUACAGCCAUGUAUAUGUGUAUCCCAAUGA